UUCAACAGGCUGGCGGCGCCCAGUUUGACGCUGAAGUAUGCGCUCUCAGUGACCAUGAAGGGCCGUUGGGCGGUGUCCACGGUCCCAAAUCAGUACGGUUUCUUCACGCCAUGCAUGACCAACAACACCAUAGAUUCGUUCGCCAGCUACGCACAGGUGUGCAAGGAUCCAAGCUUCAUGUCAACACCUGGUUACGAUCCUAUGGUGGACGCGACUCAAUUUCGCCACGUCAUGGAGCCUCUAAUAUUCUCUUACGACGAUCGAGCAGGACUGUGCAAGAAGCUGUGCACAGUGAAGGCACAGGGGACAACCCUGAAAUUCGGCAUCGCCGUCUACGACCUCGACUACGCCGACUUUUCGAACACCUGCGGAUCGAAGGGUGGGCCAUUCUCAAGACUGCACAUGCUCCGCAGUGUGCUCAACUUCUUCAGAACGAGGUACACGACCACAGCGGACACGGCAGAUUGCGUCGACCUGGCCAUGUGACAGACGUGUGCUUCGACGGACGUGUACUUUGGAGGCAUGAAAGCAGCGCACUUCGGACGCCCUCCAACUUCGUCAAUGGGGCACCAUUCUCUGUUGAGCGA